AUGUCUAUAAAAUGCAACCAUAUCCACUCCAGACAUAGUAAAAUUCUGAAAUCUACAAGAUAUAGAAAUAUGUGCGUUUACUGCAUAAGCACACCUGCUUUAAAGAAAAUUCUCUCUUUGCCUUUUCUAGGGCUACGGCUACACCAUCACCUUCAGGAAAUUGCUGCCUUUGCACCGAUUAUAACCACACUAGCAGCUUUACCACAGUGGCCCCUCCCACCACUUUUAGUUGUUAUGAUCAUUGCGGUAGUGCUCCUGGCGGCCCUUGCUUGCGCUUCUUCAGUCGAGAAGCGAGAGGCGGACGCCGACCCUAGUCUCUCACUCUACGGACGUGGUUAUGGCUACCCUAGCUAUUACCGAGGCUACGGCUACCCAUACAGCUAUGGCCUCCGCCACAAGAGGUCCGCUGAUCCUGAACCCGAAGCCGAUGCCGACCCUUCCUACUUGUACAAUCACUACCGCCCCUACUCUGUAGGCUAUAGCUACGUUCGACCUUACACCUACGGCCACUCCCACGCCCUCUACAGGAGAUCGGCAGAACCAGAAGCUGAAGCCUCCUUUGUUUACCCACACACUUACUCCUACACCCACACCGCUCCUGUCGUCACCUAUGGUUAUCCCUACGGCUACGGCUAUGGCUACGGCAGAGGCUAUGGAUAUUAACACUGACGUUACCGUUAUCAGUUUGGAUCUAGACUUCUUUCUUGCAUCACUUGUUGCCAGGAUGCAAUAUUUUUUUUGUGGACUCCACAAACAUUUCUCCCCAAUAAAUAAUUAAUGAACUUU